AUGAAUUACUGUGAAAUGAAAAUAUCAAUUUGUUAGUUUAUUUUAUUUUAAAAAAUAAUCUCUAGGCCGAUUAUCUCCCCAAAUAAAAAAAUGAAACAAUAUUGUCCUCCACCUCCCAAAAUUGAACUUCGAUCUUUUCCAGCGAUGCUCGUGCAACUGCCGCCAAACAAGAUGAGCCAGCCUAUUUACGAAGUGAAACUCUUCGACUUCUUAAAGAGCAAGAACGUAAUCAACCAGCACAAACAUUGUCGAAUCAUCCAAAUCCAAGCGGUUUGCCAAUUUGUUUCAUUUGCACUCGCCCGAUUUUGGGAGUUAUGGCAAGAGCCGCGGGACGGGAUUUGCAUGGAGAUUGUUUAUCGUGUGCCACGUGUGGAAACUCUUUGAGAAAUGUUGGACAUCAUUUUAUUGAAGACAAAUUCUAUUGUGAUAUUCAUGGAAGUCAAAGAAAAAUUGGAGGUGGAAGACCUGGAAUGGAUCCUAAUAUUUUUGUGUUAGUUUUUAUUUGGGAAAUAAUACGAAUAUAAUUUUUUCAAAGAUGUUUCCAAAAACACUACCGUCUCAUAAAACUUGGUUUCCAGAAAAUCCUCGCCAACCGCUUCUCAACCAAUUAGAAAUCAAUCACCAAGUCCACGUGCCGCCUAUCAUCCACAAAUCAAUCAAUCUCGCCCACUCUCUGUUUCACCAGCACCAAGUGUCGGAUCUCGCCAAAUUACAACACAUUAUCACACUCCAAAAACUCAAGGAAUCUUGAGCCCAGGACAAAGAGGAGUUCCGACCGCCGCUUUUGGAGCUGAUCUUCAAAAAACUGUCUACGAAAAUGGUUCAGGAGGUUAUGAUUCAAAUCGAUUGUCUCCAGCUCCAUCAAGAGGAUAUCAGGCACCACCUCCGCCAUCGAAUCCGCCACCAAGUCAAGGUAAGUUCUCACUCACUAUUUUCUAUAUGUUGCAUGGCUUAUUGUCUUUGUUUCAUUGUCUCUCGUCCAUUUUCAGGUCGUGUUCCUGAUUCAAUUCGAUCUGCAGUAUCGCCAAGAAGAUCGGGAAAAUCUCCACGAGCCUGGCCACCGCCGCAAAGUUCAGCUAACAGAUAUUGGCAAAUUGAUGCAGCUGACACAUUGAAAAAAGAAAAACCAAAAUAUGGUGAAGAUUUGGUUGAUUUGAUAAAAGAGAACGAUAAAACGACGAAAAAAUCGACGCGAAAAUCGAGACGAACUUCGAAUAUUUCGAAAGAGCAAGUUCAACAGGCAUUUGAAGAAUAUCGAAAAGUUGCACCGAAAGGGAUUAGUGAGAAAAAGGCAGUGGAAACAAAAGAAGUUAUAAAACCAGUUGCGCAUCGAGAAGAACCAAAAAUUCAACAAUUAGAGGAGCAAACAUCACAGGUUCAAACAUCAUAUAUUGUUCGAACAACUCAGAAUCCGAAUCCUAAUCAAAAUCCAAAACCAAUCGAUAUAUCAAAAACCGAAACACCAAAACCAUACAAACCUGUUGGAACAACUCCAGUAAAUUUCCCAUCUGAAAGACGAAAACCAACCGAACCACAAAUUUCAAUAAAUCAAUAUCAAGUUCCGCCUGACAAUUUCAAACCACAACAACAAAGAGGAUUUGAACCAGUUAAGCCAAAUGGAUCUUCUAGAAAUCAAGAAUCAGAAUAUCAAUCGAUAUCCACAUACAAAGUUCAUUCAGAACAAUCAGAAUAUUUCCAAGAACUUCCAAAAUCUUAUAUUCAAGAAGCACCAAAAAGAACAUCUCCGAUAAAAUCGUAUGUUCAGCAAAGCGAAGUGCCAUCAAAUUCAUAUCAGCCAGAGAAAAAACAAUUGCCAUAUCUCAUUGAACAGUUCCAACCACAGUCUUACAUUCAAAAUCCAACUAAAAAUCAGAAUAUCGAAUCAGAGAAAUCGAUUCGACAAGAACCAGUUCAAUCUUAUAUUCAGCCACCUACAGUAUCAUAUGGAGUUAGUGAAAAUCAUAGAGAAGAUCCUAAAGCUGUUCAGCAACAUGUUCGAGAACAACACAGUCAUUCAUAUAUUCAAAAACCAUCAGCGCCUUUAGAAACACCACAAUCGUAUGUUCAACCAGAACAGGUAAAUUCAAUUGAUGUUCAAAGACCAACAGAAUUACCGGAUGAACCAAUCAAAUCAUAUAUUCAAUCACUUCCACCUCAAGAUUAUCAAAAACCGAUUCAUCCAUCAAAAAUCGAAGCUGAUGAAUAUUUCAACAAACAAUCAGUUCGACCUCAAUAUCUUCUAGCUCCACUCAAUUCUACAACUGAUUCAAGCACUUCGCCAAUUCCAACAAUUCGAUUAAUCAGACAAGAACCAAAGAAAAAAGUGGAUUUUUCAAUUCCAUGGGAGAAUUCAGCAGAAAUAAUUGAUGAAUCAGAUAUUUUAUCAAGAGAAGAUGACAGUUUAUCACUUCUCAAAGCAACUUCAAAUGCUCCAGCUUAUGAUGGAGAUGAAUCAGAAUUAAUUGACAAUAAAAGUGAUAUAACAAGUAUGACUGAAGAAGAAGUUGAUUGGAAAAAUCAAGAUGGACCAAUUCGAGUUAUUCGAAAAGGAAAUGAGGAAGAGGAAGAAAAGGAGAAAUUAUGGAGACAAAAAGCAAUGCAAUUAUUGGAUGAUGAUUCACAAACUGAACGAGAUUUAAUGAUUGUUGCUGCAUUGAAUGAGAGAUUGCAGGGUUUGCGAGAAAUGGAAGAUGAAGAUCGAGUUCGAGCAAUUGAAUGCAUUUCAAGACAUCAAAGUGAACUCGAACAAACACAAACACAAUUGAGCACAUUGCUCGAGUCAGCUAUUGUAUAUUUGCAAAAUCUUCAACCAGAAAAUGAAUCAAAAAUCCGAAAUUUCAAAAUUGAAGCCGAACCACCAAUUCCCCCGGAAAGACGAGUUUUUCCAUUUCAAAAAUCACCUGAUACACAAAGGUAAGUUGAAAUUUCUGUCAAAUAUUUGUAGCGUUCUGUAUUUAUGUUUUGUCUUUGUCUUUGUGUUUAGUUUGCACGAUGUGCUUGAUGAGUUUCGCAUAUUUCCAACAACAACAUCAACACCAAGAACAUCAGAUGCUAUCGAAGAUUCUCGAAACUUCCUCGCUGCUCGUCUUGGACAAUAUAUGCAUUUGAAUGAAAAAGAGAAGAAUGGUAAGUGAUUGAUUGCAGUGCUAUAUGUGCUUUUUGAAUAGUGGGGGAUAGAUUUGGAAAUGAUUUUGAAAAUUGUAGCCCCAAGCAACAUCAAGUCAACUUUUGAAAGAUCAACAAAUGAAUCGACCAGAACUUAUGAUCAAGUUCAACCAAGAGCCGGAGAUUUCAGAGGAGGAUUGAAUUCAUCAGUGAGUUUGAGAUAGGCCAUAAUUAUGAACCAGAUUGUGUUUUUUUUUUGUAAAUAAUUUCAAAAUCUGAAUUUUCAGUCAACAACAGUUACAACUGCUACAACUCAACAAGCAGGACAAAAUGGUGGAAGAAUUCCAUACUGUGAGGCUUGUCACCAACAAAUCCGGUGAGUUUUUUUUUUCAAUUUCUCCAAUCACACUUACAAAACUCCACAUUUUCUAGAGGUGCUUUCGUUCUUGCCACCGGCAAAUCAUGGUGUCCAGAACAUUUCGUCUGUGCCAAUUCCUCAUGCUCUCGCCGACUCCUCGAAUGCGGUUUUGUCGAAGAAAACGGCAAGAAAUUCUGCGAGAAUUGUUUCGAACAACACAUUGCACCACGUUGCGCCAAAUGCACAAAACCAAUCAUUUCGGAUUGUUUGAAUGCGUUGCAAAAGAAGUGGCAUCCAACGUGUUUCACGUGUGCUCAUUGUCAAAAACCGUUUGGAAAUAGUGCAUUUUAUUUGGAACAAGGAUUGCCAUAUUGUGAACAAGAUUGGAAUGCGUUGUUCACAACUAAAUGUAUUAGUUGUCGUUAUCCGAUUGAGGCUGGAGACCGAUGGGUUGAAGCACUUGGAAAUGCUUUCCAUUCAAAUUGUUUCACUUGCGCUGUUAGUUUUUUGGGAAAAAAUGUUCAAUUUUAAAAAUCUGCUCUGAACAUUAGUUUUCUGCACUUCAAGUACAUCUUUUAAUCACCAGAUUCCACAAAAGUACAUCCAACAAAAUCCAUUUUUUUCAGCGCUGCAAUCAUAAUUUGGAAGGAGAAAGCUUUUUCGCUAAAAACGGUCAACCAUUCUGCAAACUUCACGCAUAA